UUCGAACAGGUAGUUGGGAAGGGGAUGUUGAAGGCACUCACUCACUAUCGCAAGGGCCCCUCAAAGUCAGUGCGAACGUGUUUAGUUGGCUACUUUUUCGAACACAAUUGAUCAGCAUGGCCAAUCAGACCCUUUGAGGACUAAUAAAUUUUCAAAUGGCUGGAGAAACGACCCGUUCCAAUGGGGACAUGAGCCGACAAUUGGGCCAUAAUGAGCUAUUUGCCCAUGUGAGUCACAACAACAGUAAUCUCAAUGUGAUGUGCGGCCUGACGUUGCUAACGAGGCAAGCAGUAGACGAAGGUCUGAUGAAAUGUGCCUUGCAAGAGUUCCAACACAUGUUCCCUCAAUUGACGAGUCGUAUUCGGGAGGAUCAAGGUCAUCCCUACUUUGCACCGAUGGAAUGUCCGACUUUCCCUUUGGACACCGAAUUCAAGUGCCAAGAUAUGCUUCACACCAAAUUCAAUACCAGCCAAGGGCCACUUUGGCGAGUCCAACUCGUCACCGAGGAUACCAUGGAACAAGCUGCCUUGUCUUUUGGACCUGAAAUUGCAGCCAUUAUUGGUGACGAUUCUGACGUGAAAACUCGAUGGCGAUACUUCCUCAGGUACUUCCAAGGCAAGGUCAAUCAGUCAGAUAUUGAAAAGUUCGACGAAGAUGCUGACGGAUUCCGCAGCUUCAUUCUCAUGGUCUUUCAUCCGAGUAUCACGGACACACUGGGCUGCUUUCAUCUGCUAAGGCAGUUCCUGGUCAUUUUGGAUGCCAUCUUGGAGGAAAAUGCCAAUGUCAUGACCGGCGAAUCCGGCUCUCAUAUUGAGGAACUUCACAAACCCAUCGAAAACCUGAUCGCCCCUAAUGAAUAUGGGUUCCAUCUUAGUGAUUUGAUGACCAUGAGUAAAAUGAUGGGCAGCUACAUGAUGCCGAGAAAGAGCCCCUUUGAUCUGGUCAAAUGUAAAUCUGAGGCUCCUUUCCGGACGGAGGUUCUUAGAGGUUGGCUGAAUUCCGAGCAAACCUCUGAGCUUCUGGCUCUCAUGGAUGAUGACGACGUGUCUCUUCAUGGUGUGAUAUUGGCUGCUGGACUCCUCGCCACGUCUCGAAUACUCCAAGGGGAUUGCGCUAAGGAACAGCCCCCAUCAAAAGCGGUCAACAUGCGAGCCUCUCAAGAAGCCAAUCUCAGAUUGUAUUGCCCAACUUCUCCCAAGUACGGUUGCUUGGGCGCAUAUUUCGACUCGGAUUUCGUUGUCCAACCCAUCACCGACCGAAUCGAGUUCUGGCGAUUCGCUCACGAAGUCACCAUGAAGCAUAACACUGCCAAAGGGAACAAAGAACCUCUGAAGGUUUUGCGGAUUUACAGUAAGUUAGGUGCUUUAGGAGACAUGAACGGUCCGUUUAAAGACCUUGAGCGGCAGACAGCACUCAGCAACGAGCUGGGCGUGGCGGUGUACGGCGAUCUAAGCAAUCUAUUCCGACGCGAGAACUCGCAAUACCAAUCAUUGGACAUGUGGAACCGCCCAUUGUCCAUGACACAGCGAAACAUUCGGCUGGAAGAUGUCUUCCACACGGUGGCUCGUCAAAACAUGGGAUCCCCCGUGACACACACGGCCCACGUUCUCCAUGGAAAACUGAACUAUAUUAUGAGCUACUACACGACAUACUUAGGCCAACGAGAAGCUCUCAUGCUCAGAGAUGAAAUGGUGAAUAUCUUAAGAAUGGCCACAGACCCACAACAAUGAAUAAAAAUCUGAAUUAAAAAAACGA